CUCGAGUAGCGAUUUGAAUGAUUGCGUGCUUGCUUCAAAGCAGACCGAUUAUCGGCAGCGAGCUCCCAAUGGUCUAAGCUGACCACUGUCUGCUUCUUUAAAUUGCCCUAGGAUCCCGCUGCCUGCCCUGCCUGCUUCGAUCUUCCCUCUACAACCUGCCGAAAAAGCGUCCUGGGAUUCUCAGAGACCCUCGCGAUAUCCGACAACAAGAUGCAUAUCCUGGUAACCAACGACGACGGGCCGCCCUCGUACCACUCUCCCUACAUACACACCUUUGUGCGACAUUUGGAGCGAGCAGGGCACACUGUCUCUGUCUGCGUUCCCGACACACAGCGGUCAUGGAUUGGCAAGGCGCAUAUGAUCGGCCAGACGCUGAAGCCUGUCUACUACCGGCCCUCGGCCAAUAGCCAUGGCGAGGACAUUGAAGGAACAAUACAUGCUCGACCGUCUGCCUCAGGCGAUGUCGAAGAAUGGGUCCUUAUUGACGGAACGCCGGCGUCUUGCGUGCAGAUUGGCACAAAUCACUUCUUCCAACACAAGGGGCCAAUUGAUUUGGUAGUGAGCGGGCCAAACUACGGGAGGAACAGCACGGCAAUAUUUGCACUGAGUUCUGGAACAUUGGGUGCGGCGCUAGAGGCAGCGGCUUGCAGAGACAAGGCUAUUGCUCUGAGCUUCUCGCAAACGCACGACGCAAAACUCAUCGAUGCGGCAUGUCGGCACAGCAUUAGGGUCAUUGAAUAUCUCUACAAGAACUGGCCGACUGACGGUAGCGCUGAUCUGUACACAAUCAACAUUCCUCUUGUCGAAAACAUAGAGACGAAUCCAGUAGUGUGGACAGACAUCCUACAGAAUUACUGGUCCAAAGAAGGCUGCUUUGAAGCUAUUGAGCCCGAAGAUGAGGCGGAAAGAAUAGAGAACGGAACUGAAGGCGCGAUCAACGGUGCUUCCAAAGGACUUGCGCAUAAAAACUUCAAAUGGGCGCCUAAAAUCAUGGAAGUGCACAAGACUAUACAAGAAGGAGGGCCUGGAUCCGAUGGAUGGGUUGUUAGAGAAGGGCAUACAAGUGUUACACCUCUCAAAGCAAACUUUGCCAGUUGUGCGGGAGACAAAGCUCUGCAAGAGAUCAAGCUUCCUCCUAUUAAGUUACCUUCUUCUACCGCAGAACUGUCAGUUCGAGAGAGCCCUAAGGAGAAAGAGAAGACAAAUUCUGGGAUUCAAGCUAUCGUGUCAUACGAUGACCCUUACGUUCAACCCCUAAUUGUAGCCGCGCUGAACGCCGUGCUACCCAAAGAAUCGUUUAACCUCAUCACCGAUAUAUCUUCAGAGAACUUCAACUUAUCGACCACACUCUCAUCUUCCGACAGCAAUGUGUUGCAAAUCAUCCCUUACGAAGCCAUCGACUUUGAAUUUGCUUCAUCGCAUACCAAAACCAGCCUUAUUAACAGCUACAUGAUCCGGAAAGCGCUUAUCAGGAAACACUACCUAUCAGCAACGCUUGACCACUGGGCAGCCAAGAACCCUGACUCGGUUCUCAAGAAGCAUCUUAGGCGUAGCGAGGCAUUUGAAGUAGAUUAUGCUGAAUUUCUCGAUGACGCUCUCAUUGAGGCGUUUGACCUCAGGGAGAGCCUAGAUCGCAACGCAGAGAAGGAGGAUGCGAGUGAAAGAGAGUGGUGGAUUCUCAAGCCGGGGAUGAGUGAUCGCGGUCAGGGCAUCCGUCUGUUCAGUACCAUGGAUGAGUUACAAGACAUUUUCGACGGAUGGGAGGCAGAGCGGCCUGAUAGUGAUGACGAAGACGAAGACGAAGAUGACGGCGCCCAGAGAGGCGAAGCAGAGGAUGAAGACGCCGGCGGUGACUACAUCACGGCCUCUCAUCUUCGCCACUUCGUGGCUCAGCCGUACAUCCAUCCUCCUCUGAUCCUCUCCCCCGGCGGCCACAAGUUCCACAUCCGGACCUAUGUCCUCUGCACGGGAAGCCUCGACGUCUACGUCUACAAGCACAUGCUCGCCCUCUUCGCUGGCAAGCCUUACACAGCCCCCUGGGAGGCACCGACCGACAUCGAGGCUUUCCUGACAAACACAUGUUUACAAGAUUCGCCAAACGAGAACACAGUGCAGCGAUUCUGGAACCUGCCCCUGGAGAAGACGGCUGUGCUGGACAAGGUGUUUGGGCAGAUUUGCGAGACGACAGGAGAGGUGUUUGAGGCGGCGGCGAGGGCCAUGCCAAUUCACUUCCAGACGCUGCCGAAUGCGUUUGAGGUGUUUGGGCUGGAUUUCCUGGUUGAUGAGGGGGGUGAGGCUUGGCUGCUGGAGAUUAAUGCAUUCCCGGACUUUAAGCAGACAGGGGGGGACUUGAAGGAGAUUGUGGAAGGAUUCUGGAGAGGGGUGGUUAAGUUUGCGGUUGGGCCGUUUUUCGGGGUUGAUGGCAUGGCAAAGGGCGAUGAGGAUGAGGAUAUGGUGCUUGUGAAGAAGGUUGAUCUGGGGAGGAGGUGAUUGGGAUUAGCUUUCUUGUGUUUGGGUGGGCUUUUAUUUGCUUUUUUGAUAGAUGUAUAGAGGGACAGGCAUUUAUAGACAAGCUCCCUUUGCUCCUGGUGAGGGGGUUGAUGAGCUUAGUAUAGUCGUGAUAAUUAAGAUGUGUGG